AGUUCGGAAGUUUUCGCGCCGGGGCGGGGUCAGCUGGGGACCCUUCGCGCGGGCUUGGAGGUAGCAGUUCCUAGGCUGGGAGCAUGGCGGGGACCGUGGUACUGGACGACGUGGAACUGCGAGAAGCGCAGAGAGAUUACCUGGACUUCUUGGAUGACGAGGAAGACCAGGGAAUUUAUCAGAGCAAAGUUCGGGAGCUGAUCAGUGACAACCAAUACCGGUUGAUUGUCAAUGUGAAUGAUCUGCGCAGGAAAAAUGAGAAGAGGGCUAACCGCCUCCUGAGCAAUGCCUUUGAGGAGCUGGUUGCCUUCCAGCGGGCUUUAAAGGAUUUUGUGGCCUCCAUUGAUGCUACCUAUGCCAAGCAGUAUGAAGAGUUCUACAUAGGAUUGGAGGGCAGCUUUGGCUCUAAGCAUGUGUCUCCCCGGACUCUCACUUCCUGCUUCCUCAGCUGUGUAGUCUGUGUGGAGGGCAUUGUCACUAAGUGCUCUCUAGUUCGUCCCAAAGUCGUCCGCAGUGUCCACUACUGCCCUGCUACCAAGAAGACUAUAGAGCGACGCUAUUCUGAUCUCACCAGCCUGGUGGCUUUUCCGUCCAGCUCUGUAUAUCCUACCAAGGAUGAGGAAAACAAUCCCCUUGAGACAGAAUAUGGCCUUUCUGUCUACAAGGACCACCAGACCAUCACCAUCCAGGAGAUGCCAGAGAAGGCCCCUGCUGGCCAACUCCCCCGUUCUGUGGAUGUCAUUCUGGAUGAUGACUUGGUAGAUAAAGUGAAGCCUGGUGAUCGAGUCCAGGUGGUAGGGACCUACCGUUGCCUUCCUGGAAAGAAGGGAGGCUAUACUUCAGGGACCUUCAGGACUAUCCUGAUUGCCUGUAACGUGAAGCAAAUGAGCAAGGAUGUUCAGCCUUCAUUCUCUGCUGAGGAUAUAGCCAAGAUCAAGAAGUUCAGUAAAACUCGUUCCAAGGAUAUCUUUGACCAGCUGGCCAGGUCAUUGGCCCCUAGCAUCCAUGGGCAUGACUAUGUUAAGAAAGCCAUUCUCUGCUUGCUCUUGGGAGGGGUGGAACGAGACCUAGAAAAUGGCAGCCACAUCCGUGGGGACAUCAAUAUUCUCCUAAUCGGAGACCCAUCGGUUGCCAAGUCUCAGCUUCUACGCUAUGUGCUGUGUACUGCACCCCGGGCUAUCCCCACCACUGGCCGGGGUUCCUCUGGAGUGGGUCUGACCGCCGCUGUCACCACAGACCAGGAAACUGGGGAACGCCGUCUGGAAGCGGGAGCCAUGGUCCUUGCUGAUCGAGGUGUGGUUUGUAUCGAUGAAUUUGACAAGAUGUCCGACAUGGACCGCACGGCCAUCCACGAAGUGAUGGAGCAGGGUCGAGUCACCAUCGCCAAAGCUGGCAUCCAUGCUCGGCUGAAUGCCCGCUGUAGUGUUUUGGCAGCUGCCAACCCCGUCUAUGGCAGGUACGAUCAGUACAAGACCCCUAUGGAGAACAUUGGGCUGCAGGACUCACUGCUGUCCCGAUUUGACUUACUCUUCAUCAUGCUGGAUCAGAUGGAUCCUGAGCAGGAUCGAGAGAUCUCAGACCAUGUCCUUAGGAUGCACCGUUACAGGGCACCCGGGGAACAGGAUGGCGAUGCUAUGCCUUUGGGUAGUGCCGUGGAUAUCCUGGCCACAGAUGAUCCCAAUCUUAACCAGGAGGACCAGCAGGACACCCAGAUUUAUGAGAAACAUGACAACCUUCUGCAUGGGACCAAGAAGAAAAAGGAGAAGAUGGUGAGUGCAGCUUUCAUGAGGAAGUACAUCCAUGUGGCCAAAAUCAUCAAGCCCAUCCUAACUCAGGAGUCAGCUGCCUACAUUGCAGAAGAGUAUUCACGCCUGCGCAGUCAAGACAGCAUGAGCUCAGACACCGCCAGGACAUCACCAGUUACAGCCCGGACCCUGGAAACUCUGAUUCGCUUGGCCACAGCCCAUGCCAAGGCCCGCAUGAGCAAGACUGUGGACCUGCAGGAUGCAGAGGAAGCUGUAGAGUUGGUCCAGUAUGCUUACUUCAAGAAGGUUUUAGAGAAGGAGAAGAAACGUAAGAAGCGAAAUGAGGAUGAAUCAGAGACAGAUGAUGAAGAGGAGAAAAGCCAGGAGGACCAAGAGCAGAAGAGGAAGAGGAGGAAAACUCGUCACUCUGAUGCCAAGGAUGGGGGCUCCUAUGACCCCUAUGACUUCAGUGACACAGAGGAGGAAAUGCCUCAAGUGCAUACUCCAAAGACCGCAGACUCACAGGAGACCAAGGAGUCCCAGAAGGUGGAAUUGAGUGAAUCCAGGUUGAAGGAAUUCAAGGUGGCCCUCUUAGAUGUGUUCCGGGAAGCUCAUGCACAGUCGGUGGGCAUGAAUCGCCUCACAGAAUCCAUCAACCGGGACAAAGAAGAGCCUUUCUCUUCAGCAGAGAUCCAGGCUGCACUGAGCAAGAUGCAGGAUGACAACCAGGUCAUGGUUUCUGAGGGCAUCAUCUUCCUCAUCUAAGGAGGCCUCAUCUCUGAACUUUGGGGUUCUGCCAAGGAAGUUUCUUCCAUAUUUCCUCUCCCCGCCAAUCUUUCAUUCCCCAGAUAACAGUGUUAAUUGAAUUGAAGUUGAGGGAUAUGUGACAAAGCUGCCAUAGGGUAAAGAGAAGAAAGUGGGCAAAGACUAAGACUGUUGCAUGUGCAUUCAUUCAUUCAUCCAUUGAUUCAUUCUCUCCAUCUCCUACCCAGAACAAACCAAGCCAUUGUUGGCUAUAAAUAACAUAUAACCUCUGAGAAUCUGGGGGUACUGGACCACAGCUGGUUUUUGUUCAUCCUUUCUGUGUUUGUUAGCUCUUUUUCUCUCUGAGCACAUUGGUCUAGAACAGGCUUUGAGAGGUUCUGUGCUGGUGGAGUGAAGCUCUGAGGCAAGUCAUGAAGGCCAAGAAAGCUUUCUCUGCUGUAGCACCAGUUAAGACUAAUACAUGCUUCUGACCCAAAUAUCUAGGACAUUGAAUAAACCUAACUAUUUUUAUAUUAUA